AUGUCGGAGAAUGUUUCUUCCAAGUUUUGUGCACGAACGGCGCUGUUGCAGCAGCUGCUAGAAACUUGCGAGGAGCAGCAGAAGCAGCAACGGGCGGUGCAGCGCUGGUCUCGGCCGGAAGCAGUGAGUGGCGAGCGGACAGAGGCGGUGCACACCGCCAAGAGUGACAGCGAGGACGACGGGGAGGAGUCAGAUAACAACGUUUCAACGGCGGUGUGGCUCAUGCGGAAUUGCGCCCCACUCACCAAUCCCUCGUGGGCGAUGGAGGAGUUGCAGCGGAUACACCGUGGUACGCCAGUGUGGGCGGCUGGCACACAACUCUCUAGUGCUGUGUGGGCGCCACCUGGCACGGCGAACUGCCCUUUUGGUACAAAGCCCACGGAUUUUCUGCGCCAUUCCUGA